GAAGAGGGGGCGGGGCGAAGUAACAUGUCAGCGAGCUAACUUGGUAAACAGAAAACUGUUUCCUGAAAGCUUGCUGAUAAACAAUGUACCAGUCAAGAUGGGGCAGGCCCUGUGCAUAUGUUCCCGUGGCUCGAUCACCAUUGAUAACAAAAAGUAUUACUUUGUCCAGAAAUUAGAUGAAGGUGGAUUCAGUUAUGUUGAUCUGGUUGAGGGAGUGAAGGAUGGGCGCUUCUACGCCUUGAAGAGGAUCCUCUGUCAUGACCGUGAAGGUCGUCAGGAGGCUCAGACAGAGGUGGAGAUGCACCAGAUGUUUAAUCACCCGAACAUCCUGAGCCUGGUUGCGCAUGCCUUUGUUGACCACGGAGGAAAGACUGAAGCCUGGUUACUUCUGCCUUAUAUUAGAAAAGGAAGUCUGUGGUCCGUGCUUGAGAAGCUAAGAGAUAAGGGAAGUACAAUGCCUGAGAAGCAGAUUUUACUUAUCUUGCGUGGAAUCUGCUCUGGACUCAAGGCUGUUCAUGAGAAAGGUUACGCACACAGAGACCUGAAGCCCACGAAUGUACUCUUGGAUGAGGAUGACAGACCGGUUCUGAUGGACCUCGGCUCAAUGAACCGGGCCAGGAUUGAGGUUCGAGGUUCCAGAGAGGCCAUGACCAUCCAGGACUGGGCGGCCCAGCGGUGCACCAUUUCCUACAGGGCUCCGGAGCUCUUCAACGUGGAGAGCCACUGCAUCAUCGACGAGCGGACUGAUAUCUGGUCCCUCGGAUGCGUGUUGUACUGCAUGAUGAUGCUGGAGGGGCCGUAUGAUCUGGUCUUCCAGAAAGGGGACAGUGUUGCUCUGGCGGUGCAGAAUCCUGUGGUCAUCCCACAGUCUUGCAGUUACUCGGAGGGCCUGAAGAUGCUGCUGAGCUCCAUCAUGGUGUCGAACCCCCAGGAGAGACCCAACAUCAGCUGGGUUCUCGACCAGGUACAGGACCUGCAGAGCCGCAGCCCCAACACCCAAACCAACAUGGUCUGAUCUUGCACAGCGCGCUUGAUGAGGGAUCCUGGAGACCUUUGCACACUAAAUGACCUUCUCUUAUUUCCAGCUUGACUUAAUUUCCCUUAUUUAUUGACUGUUGUGUUUACGCCUAGGUACUGAUUAUCACUCAUCAUGGGGAGCUUGGCAAAAUCUUUUUUGGUACAGUUUAGACUGUAGGCCACAAAACAUGUUCUAGUCUUUGUGUUCUGUCCAGAUAAUCAGAAGAAUUGAAAUGCCUUUACUAUAAUCGGACACCGUUUCUCAUUAUUGUUGGAUAAAUGUGAAGCUGGAGCUGGCGUUCUGUUAGAUGAUGUUCAUAUUGGGGCUGGAGACCAGCUUUGAGGUCGGUGGCGUAUCAAGUUGAGUUAAUUUCUGACAUUUGAGCAGAUCAAAUCAACAAGAUGCAGCUUUAGUGUUGGAGGAGCUUUUGCAAAGGAUCGGACCAGCCGUUCACCGCUUCGUACCUGAAUUAAGUUAACCAGAUAACAACUCUGUAUAUUAUCCAGAUUUGGAAUUAAUUGCUUCAAAACAAUACCUAAAAUUGUUGUUUGAAUUCGUGAUGACGAAGCGACGACAGAGAAGCUUUGCCAAACUUUCCAGUGGAUGAAAGCUGCCUGAGUUCAAUACAUAUCAAACGACAUUCCUCACUGAGACGGAAUAUGUUCCACUUCCCUUUAGUUUGAACCUGGAUUCCUUAAGUUUUCUCUCUAUGUAUAUAUAUGUGUGUCUGUGUGUGUGUUACACAUAAUGUUCUGUAAUCAUCAGUACUCUUCGGUUUUUCUCCACACCAUUUUGGCCUGAACUGUAGAAAAAGUGAAAAGACAGUGAACGUUGGACGCUCGGGUUGGGGUUACUGCGAUUGAAGGUGCUCCAUUGUUACGGUUCUCUUCUCUGCUGCUCCUCAUGAUGGUUUGUUAAUGUGUUUCUGUGAUUCGGCACUUAAUAAAAUGUAGAAAUGAGUAUCCGCUCACACAAAAAGAGAGAGAUCUUAAGAAAGUGGUCGCAUUUUACUGUUGAAGACACAAACCACAGAGGAUUACUUUUAUAUUAUCUGAAAAGGUUUCUUGGACUUGUUUAUAUAUUAACUGUGAGUUACUAUCAUACUUGGCAUUGCAAUUUAAUCCUUUUGACUUCAAUUUUCACCGUAUUGUCUCUUAAAACCGUUAUUUCUUUUAAUUCCACUUGUAUUUAAGUCUGGGUUUCGCUGAAUGUUGUCACACACUUUAGUUCACUCAGGGUACACACACACAUCUCAAAUGAUCUGAUGCUCUUUAUUUGCAGACCUGAGUGGUACCUUUCAAAGCUAAGAAAUGUUUUUGGGCAUUUAAGUUGAUGCUUUCGUGACUGUAAUGCGGUUCUAUAGGGCGAUGUUAGAGCUGAAAAAUGUCCUUUUACACUUGAUUUUUGGAAUGUGAUGGAAUAGCAACUGACACAUUGUUUAAAUACACGUUUCCUUUUGAAGUUGGAUAUGUUGAAUAACUGAAGGUAUGUGCAGUGUUUCAUUGCUAACGAAUACUGGGUUGAUGCCACAGGUCAAUAACUUCACGAAGGUAUUGAUUGAAGAUCCCAGAGUUAAUCAUGUAUUCUUUGAUUAUGGGAAAAUUAUGUUGAAAUAAUGUGUCAAUCUCUUAUUCACUGCACAGAAAAGGAUAAAUAAACAUUAAAA